AUGGAGAACCAGCUGCCCCUGCCUGACCGGCUGCUGCCCUGCAUGCACCACAGCCCUGCUGACCCCAGCACUGCUGAGACUUUCUGGGUGACACAGGGCCUACGGCUCCAGACUUGGUCCACUCACCUCUGCCUCCCCGUUCGGCCAGCCGGGCUCGCCUACCCGCCUUCCCCUCUCACCGCCUCGGUCUCCAGCCCCCCUCGGCCCUCUCGCCUGAACCUCUCCUGCUCCGCCAGCUCCUCGGUCCCCCACACCCACGUCUGCCGGUUCACUCACCCUCUUCCUCAGCCAAGUCAGCUGUGCUCGUUCACCUGCCCUCUCCCCACGGCGUCCUCCCAGUUCUCCCGUGCGUCCUCUCUUCCCCAGCCUCCCCAUUUUUCCCCGGCUCUCUUGUCUCAGUCUCCUCGGUUCCCCGUACCUGUGUUUCCCCGGAAUCCACCUCCCCCUCAACUCCAGUCCCUCAACCCCAUUUUUCCCCAAAUAAAACCUGUUAAUCCCCAGAGUUGCGUUUGGGUCCACUCUGUCCCCACACUUCACAACAUUUUGCACACAAAUUUGUAG